CAGAAUUCUGGAAUUAUUCCAAUUGCUGGACAUUUCAAUUAUCAGUAUGGUACAAAUUGGAGACAAUGUGGAUUUUAGAGAGGACCCAAAACAUUAUUAACAGGCAUUCAUUGUGUUUGAAGUAAAAUGUUGAUUUACUAAGAAAUAUAUAGACCUUACUUUUAAAUUAUGUGUUGAGACUGAGAGUUACUUUGUCUCUUAGAUAUCAACACUCAUUUCAAUAAUAAUAAGCCAGGUGAUGGAUAGAGAUAAGAAUUGUUUGAAGAACCUUCCCAUUUGCCGUAGAGGUGAAAAGGGGUGCAAAGCAGUGGUGGGUUACCCCCCCCCCCCCGGUUCACACCAAUUCUAUAGAACAGGUAGUAAAACCGGUGGGAGGCUCCGCCCACUGACCCCGAUGUCAUCAAAACACUUCUGUGCUUGCACAGAAGAGCGUACGGCCCUGCUGCGAACCGGUAGUAAAGUGGUCUUCUUGAAACUUCAUGUCACAGGCGCUUUCCAGAUACGUUUAUCUGGAGGUCCUAACCUUUGUGUGGGACGGGUGGAAGUUCUCCACAAAGAUGAAUGGGGGACCGUGUGUGAUGAUGAUUGGGACCUGCGUGACGUUGCUGUUGUGUGCCGAGAACUAAACUGUGGGGAAGCCCUUUCAGCACCUCAUGGAGCCUGGUUUGGUGAAGGAGUUGGUUCUAUCUGGCUCAAUGAAGUACACUGUGCAGGUACUGAGAGGCACCUGCUUUCCUGCCAUCACCGUGGCUUUCGCAAGCAUAUAUGUACCCAUGAGGAAGAUGCCAGUGCCAUCUGCUCAGAACAACGCAUCCCUCUUUUCACUGCCAUUCCUGCCCACACACCUUUCAAGAAGGGCAAAAUGGAAGCAGUAACAACCAUAAGGCCAUUUGUAUCAUCUACACCUACUGAGGAAAACCUAAGACUUGUGGGUGGCAGAAAUCAGUGUUCUGGCCGGCUAGAGAUAUUUCAUGAAGGGCAGUGGGGGACAGUAUGUGAUGACAUGUGGGACCUUCUGGAUGUUACUGUCAUAUGCCGAGAGCUGGACUGUGGGGAGGCUCUGGCAGCACCAAGUGGUGCAUUCUUUGGUGAGGGGAGCAGUGUCAUCUGGCUGGAUGAUGUACAGUGCCAAGGAGAAGAGUCAAAGUUGGCAGACUGCCACACCAGUCCCUGGGGGACCAACAACUGCCGACACAGUGAAGAUGCUGGGGUUGUGUGUUCAGGUGCAAUGUCCCUUGCCAUGAUAGAAGAGCAAACAGCCAUGCUUACAAAGACCUUAGCUCCUCAGAGAUCCUGGUCUGUUACACCAAACCAAAUUCCACAUCCUAUUCAGUUUACAAGAAACCAGGAAGAAACUUUGACUAGUCAAGAACCCACAGAUGAUAUUAUCAAAGGAGGUCUUUCAGAAAGUGGCCAGCAGCAGCUGCGGCUUGUAGAUGGCCCUGAAUCCUGUGCUGGACGGGUAGAGGUGUUGUACAAAGGCCAGUGGGGCACAGUGUGUGAUGAUGGCUGGGACUUGGUGGAUGCAGCUGUUGUAUGCCGUGAGUUGGACUGUGGAGCUCCACUUCUCAGUCCAGGCAAUGCUCGAUAUGGACCAGGAUCUGGACCUAUCUGGUUGGAUGAUGUCAACUGCACUGGGAGAGAGUUUACUAUAAAGCGCUGUCAUUCUAAGCCUUGGGGGAAGCAUAACUGCAAUCAUCAUGAAGAUGCUUCUGUCAUCUGCACAGGCAGGUGGAAACGUCUGUUGUUCCAAAAACCAAUUGGUAGUUCAAAGGCAACUGAACUACCAGUCUCUAUCACACCUGAGCAAGUAUCUCCAAACAAUUCAGAGCUCCAAAAUGUGAUGGACGUACCAGAGAUUACCACAAACACUCAGGAAUUUCCAAAUGAGUCAAACGUAAAGUCUCUCAAUCAAUGGUACAUUGAGGAUCCUUUUUUAAAAACAUCAAGUGUCAAAAUUGAACAGGAAAAGGAGAUAAAGCCAAUAAAUCCUUCAGGUAUUGUUGAAUCAACCUUUAGUCCAAAUAUAUUGCAGCACAUGCAGGAAAAAAAUUCAUACAAUUUCCCUAAAACAAGAUUGUCCACACACAAAUGGGAAAAAGAGUCACUCUCUUCCACAGAAAAUUUUCAGCCAUCCUCCAUCACAUGGUAUACAGAAUCUAAAAGAGAAAUAAAGUCAACAACUCCUGGAUUCGUAGAUAAAACAAUAUAUAAUUCAGAGAAUCCACAGGAUGUUCAGGAGAUGGAACCAGCUAUUUCUUCAAAGAUCAUGUCAUCAUUUCAAAAAAGGAGGGAAAUGCCCAUUUCACAAUCCAUAGAAUUUAAAUCAUUAUCCAUGUGGGAUAUUGAAUCAGACAGAGAAAGGCCAUCAGGAGCAGGACCGCCUCCAUUUGCACAAUCAUUUAACUCUGCCCCUGAGGGAGUGCCUUCCAUUUAUUGGGAUAGCAAUGCUGAAGUGUCUCCAGUUACAAAGAACAUAGAAUUCAAUGAUGUCUUCAAUGAAAAUAAGGAUAUCACCACUGCCACAUGGAUUCAGGCACCUGAGAAAGUCAUAAGCACAUCUGAUGUGAGGAAUGAAUUGUUUGAAUUCUCAAAAAGUUUUGAAGUCAGAAAAGAGGUGAAACUGCCUAUAACCAGAAAGAAUUUGCAACCUGAAAAGCACAUUGAAACAACCACAUCCAAAGUCAUAGAUUAUGAAGAGAAAUCAAAUCAAGAAAAACAGGAGGAAUCAAAUACAGAUCCCCAUCCUGUGGAACCCUCAGGCCUGACCAAAACAUCAGAUCCAAAUGUCCUAUCUGUCAAACCUGUCACCUAUUCUGAACACUGUGAAUCAUUCCCAGACUGUCUUUUAAUGCAAAAACAAAGUAAAGCAGAUCAAAGAUGUUGCUGUUCACCACAAGCCCUGAGGAAUUUGGUCCAUACAAUGAAAGGUCUCCAUGGGGAACUAGGUUCUGUCUCCGUUGCCAUUAAGAAUCAAGAUUCCCAACUGAAGGCUAUAGCUCACAAUUUGGCUGAGUUGUCAGCUUCUAUACGUCUUCUGGUUGCAAUAUUGCCCUCUCUAGUACAGCCUGUCUCAUCACAAUCCUUCUUAUCUCCAUCUGGGCAAGAUGAAACUCAACUGGAAAAUCAACUACCCCUGAAGUGAAAUAUGUAUGAUUUUUUUGUAAUGCAAAAUAUUGAUCUUCACACCACCAAGAUACAGAGAGACAAAAAGUCUGCCUAUUGAAACUGUGCCAUAAGAUGGCUAAGAUCUACACGUGCAAAUUUUACAAUACUAAACAUGUCACAAUCAGAAAUUGUCAUAAUUCCUAUGUCAGAAAUACAAAAUCAAAUGAACUGAAUAUUAGAGUGCACUAAGAGAAGUUGUCAGAUGAUUUUUUUAAGUAAUUGUAGUGAGCGAUUCAUUUAUUAUAUUAUUCACUGAUUAAAACUGGGUUUUAAAUGGCAGAGUCAAAGAUAAUUUGAACCUGGAUACUGUCCAUUCAUCUGCUAUGUAGACUGGCAAUUAUUCUCUCCAUAAAAUGGCUGUACUCUGUGUAAUUUAAUUUCUGUGCUUUUUGUAAACAUCCAUAAUGGGGUAGAAUGAGAAAAGUCAAGAGCUAAGAAAAGAAUAAUUCCCAGUAGUAAUAUAGCUGCUUUUUCAGUGCAAAGAAGAAGAAAGAACAAUAAAUUAAAAGUAGAAAAGAAAGAAAAAGAAUAUAAUAAAGAAAAAUAAAAUAAAUAUAUAAAGUUACGUUUCCUUUCAUCACAACAAAUAUAAACAACUUUAGUAACAUCACUUUCUCUUAAAACACAACAAAUUAUCUCUUCCCAUAUUUCAAUUUCUUAUCCGUAAACAAAUUCAUGAAACUUCAUCAUUUCAGUCAUUAGGUCAGUAAAAUUUCAUUAAAGGUUACCAGAGAUAACAACUCAUGUAUUUUAACCUUAAUCAAAUAAACCGAUUUUAUACUCCUUUCUUUUACUACUAACAAUCCUAACUUGGACUUUUGGGGAAGAAAUGGCAAAGUGAAAACAACUCUCUGAAAGAUUGGGUUUCAUAACUGCUCUCUGGACAAGGACAGGACUUGAGAUCACUUGCAUAUGGGCAACAGAAAGCUGCUCCUAGUGAGGAGACCUCAAGACUCUUCUGGGUUUAAAGCUCUGGGAGACAGAGGAUAACCAUCUUGCUCAAAUGGUGAUUGUCACCUUUAAAAGGACAUUUGGUUCACAUGCUUCUUUGUCUAAUAAUUUUUAGAAAUUGAUUGUGAAUGGCUUUUCAGCUAUUAGAGACCUUUGGAUUAAUAUGUUUAUGGGGGAGUUUCCUUCAAUCCUUAGUAAAGAAGUUUUAAAUACAAGUUUAAGAACUUAUUUCCCCCCCCCCUAAAAUAAACAGCAAAAGGAUGACUAGAUUUUAGAAAAUUACAUAUGGACUAACCAUCCAGGUAAAUUUGAAAUAAGACUUUGGAAUAAAUUAUAAAAAUCCUUGCUGUUGGAAAAUGCUUUUGUUUUGAAUUCUUUUAAAAUAUGUAAAAUAAGAUUUAAAAAAUUGGACAUUAAAAAAACUAGAAAGAACUAAAGACUACAAUGAGAGGAGAACAACACUCAAACUUCAUUUGCUAAAACAGAAUGAAGCAAAAUAUUUUAACAUUGGACACAUUGAGGGAUACUUUUGAACAAUGGACCAGAAGUAAAUUUUUAAAAAUGUUACUUAACUUCAUUAAAAACAAAAUGAAAAAGAAAAGGAUGGAAGAGGAACAAGUAUUACCUGACAUGAAUGAGACUGUUUUGAAAGUGGAUUUAAAAAUGAGAGGCUACAAGAAUGACAUAGAAAAUGAUGUUACGCUGAACAUACAAAAGAAAUCAGCUGAUAUCUUGAUUUGUUACUUGUAUAUUCCUUUUAAUUAUUAAAAGAAUGAUCUGGAUAAUUUCCCCAUAUUAAAUUUAUAAAGGAGACUUUUUAAAGCUUGCAAAAAUUUUGUAAGAAGUGAUAAAGAAAAAAUUAAAACAAAUCAAGGAUGUUUUCUGAA